CAAAACCCAAGCAAGGACGUCCCAUGGGCAUUAUGAAGACCUCUGCAGCCAGCUUUGCUGUUCAGGUGUCCAUGGCAAGGAUCCCAGCUCCCACAGCUCUGGCUGUUCUCCUCACCUGCCUCUUCUUGGGGGCACAAACCCAGACCCCAAGAGCUUUCCAGGAGAGCACCAUCCCCUUUGAGGUGCUGAAGCAGGAGCAGGCUCACAGUCUGGUCCAGCCAAGCCUGUUCCAGGAUGCCAAGAUGUCCAACCACUCGGAGAACCUUCCCAGGAGCACCAGCUCUGAGCCCCCCCUGCUGCCUGUGUGUGUGAAGCCUGCAGACAUCAGACACAUUUUCAAGUACAUCAACACCAUCGUGUCCUGCACCAUCUUCAUCGUGGGCAUCAUUGGCAACUCCACGCUCCUGAGGAUCAUUUACAAGAACAAGUGCAUGAGGAAUGGGCCAAACGUCCUCAUUGCCAGCUUGGCACUUGGAGACCUUCUCUACAUCCUCAUUGCUCUGCCCAUCAAUGUUUAUAAGCUCCUGGCAAAGGACUGGCCCUUUGGUGUCCAAGUCUGCAAGCUGGUCCCCUUCAUCCAGAAGGCAUCAGUGGGAAUCACUGUGCUGAGUCUUUGUGCUCUCAGCAUUGACAGGUACCGAGCAGUGGCAUCCUGGAGUCGGAUCCAGGGAAUAGGAAUCCCCAUGUGGAAGGCAGUGGAGGUGGUGCUGAUCUGGGUGGUGGCCAUUGUCCUUGCAGUCCCUGAAGCCAUUGCCUUUGAUAUGGUGGAGCUCAGCUACUGGGAACAACACCUGUGGGUGUGCAUGCUGGCCUCAGAGCAGAAAUCCAGCUUCAUGAUGUUCUACCGUGACGUGAAGGACUGGUGGCUUUUUGGCUUCUAUUUCUGCCUCCCCCUGGUGUGCACUGGCAUCUUCUACACCCUGAUGUCCUGUGAGAUGUUGAGCAAGAGAAACGGCAUGAGAAUUGCUCUGAAUGACCACAUGAAAAGGCGCCGGGAGGUGGCCAAGAAGGUCUUCUGCCUGGUGGUGAUCUUCGCGCUCUGCUGGCUGCCUCUCCACCUCAGCCGCAUCCUCAAAAAGACCAUCUAUGACCAGACAGACCCCAACAGAUGUGAACUGCUCAGUUUCCUGCUGGUGAUGGAUCACUUUGGGAUCAAUAUGGCCUCCCUCAACUCCUGCAUCAACCCUGUGGCUCUCUACUUUGUCAGCCUGAAAUUCAAGAACUGCUUCCAGUCCUGCCUGUGCUGCUGGUGCCAGAGGCCAGCCCUGAGCAUCACACCCACAGACGACAAGGGCUCUGUUGGGAAGUGGAAAGCCAACGGGCAGGAGCUUGGGCUGGACAGGAGCAGCUCCCCCUUGAGCAACAAGUACAGCUCCUCCUAA